AUGUAUAUCGGCCCAUGGCAAGAAUACAAACUGGCACGGCUGAUACAACAUCAGCAUCAAGUCCUUGCUGCCGAGACCAGGGAGGUGAGAGGAGGAAGCCAGCAGGCAUCCCCCUCUUCCUCCAGAUCCGGCUUUUCGGGCUUCUCCAGCUGCAGUGCUCCUGCCCAGCUUCCGGGGCAGCCCUCCGUGCAGGUGCGUCUGAAUGACUACUGCAAUACUGUGGAGCAGUUGACGAAGGCCAACGACCGAAGGCGGGGACCGAGGCCCCGGCUUCCCAGCGGAAGCAGCACCGGUAGUACCCGUCCCUACAGCAGCAGCAGCCGAAACAGCGAGAAGGGCCCGGGGCUCGGAUCCUCGAGCUCGGCGAGCUCCGUGGGCGCGAAGCGAAGAGCGCCCGGGAAGCCGCCGAAGGCGGUCUCCUUCGAAGAGCAGCGACGAGCUCGAAUCCGACACAUGCAGAAGCUCUACGGCUUGGGCGACUCGGAGACCGACGCGAAGGACACAGCCUCCUUGCUCAUCGAGCCCCAGAGCCAGAGCCGAGGCCGAAAAACCACAGACUUCCAGGGAAGCCCCGGUGAGAAUCCGCCCUCAGAGCCGACCUCACCCAAGUCAGAGGAGUGGACUUUGCCGACAGUGAAGGAAGUAGAUCCACUGAGCCUGUCUAUGGGCUCUUCGGGUGGACUCAUUGCCUGGAGUAAAGGUCUGCAGCCAGAUGCUCUGUCGCCACAGGCUUCCUUAGCAACAUUUUUCUCGGCGACCUAA